UCCUUGAUAGCCUGGGUCUUUGUGCAAGCUACAGUGAAGUGAUUGAUUGCAGAAUCUGGUUUUGCUGCCACACUUGGUUGUGGUAACUGUGUUACAGAUGUGGGGGCCUGGUCAGUUGCAUUGGUAAGCAGUCCCUCGAGGUAAGCAUUUGCUCCUGCAGUCCGCAAAGCGACAUAGACUCCCAGUAUACACACACCGUAACUGGUGCGCCCCGUUCGUUCUGGCCUGCUGCAGCCAUGGGCAAAUUGUGCUUGUGGCCUACCUCGGCCAUGAUUUGCUCAAAACGGAGACCAGCAUAUGUGCUUACAUGGUUCGAAGUGUAUGAAGUUGAUAGCCGUAUGGGUGGAAAGGCCCGCAAGAAUGGCUGCCGAAGGUGAUGCCCACAAAAGCGACUUGUCCACAUUGCGACAAAGUGGGACACAAAGUGUGAGCCACACAUAGCGGCCCCCGAAAGAAAAUAAAUGUGCAGGUUGGAAAGGAGUUAACGCUAAAAUGCCGGGUAGUCCAUGUUGCUGUGUUGGUUGCGGCAGCAGAUGCCUGCGUCACCUGAUUGCUUCGCAAUGGAAGUUGCUCAUCUUCAACGGCAACUGUUGGUUCAAACAGGUGCAAGGCUCUGUCCAAUCUGUUUGUACCGCAGGUUGUCGCUCGUUACCAGACCACCACAUGUGACAAAGGCAAGCAUUAUGCCUGUAAGAUGGUACGUAGCCAAUGUAUAAUGUAUUGUCAACCUCAAGCGGUGACUGAUUGCCGUUUAAUUUUGCUGUUAUGUCACUUGGUUACGGUCGCAGUUUUAUGUUUUUCGAAUAUUGCUGCCUGGUCGGUUGCACUGGGAAGCAGCCUCUCGAAGUAAGAAUUUGAUCCUGCAGUCUGCACAGCGACAUAGACUCCCAAUUUACGCACACCGUGAUUCGUGCUCCCCGUUCACCCUUUCCUGCUGCAGCCAUGGGCAAAUUGUGCCUCUGGCCUUUCUCGGCCGCGAUUAGGCAUGAACGGAGACCAGCAUAAGUGCUUACAUGGUCGGACGUGUAUGAAGUUGGGUGGAAAGGCCCGCAAAAGUGGCCGAUGAAGGUGAUGCCCACGAAAGCGACUUGUCCAUAUUGAGACAAUGUGGGACACCAAGUGUGAGCCACACAUUAGCGGCCUCCAAAAGAAAAGAAACAUGCAGGCUGGAAAGGAGUCAAUGCUAAAAUGAUGGGUAGUCCAUGUCGCUGUGUAGGCUGCGGCAGCAGAUGCCUGCGUCACCCGACUGCUUUGCACUGCAAGUUGCUCAUCUUUAACAGCGACUGUCGCCGCAAACAGGUGGGACACUCUGUCCAAUCUGUUUCUGCUGCUGGUUGUUGCUCGUUAGUAGACCACCACGUGCGACGAAGUCGGGCACUACGCCUGUAGGUAGGCAGCUCAAUGUACCCUAAGAGACCCGUGUAUGUGAAUGCUCACUGUUGCCAUAUGGUUCGUCGCCAAUGUAUGAUGUAUUGUCUGAACCUCAUGCGGUGACUGAUUGCUGUUUAAUUUUGCUGUUAUGUCACUUGAUUAUGGUCGCAGUGUUAUGUUUUUCGAAUAUUGCGGCCUGGUCGGUUGAACUGGGAAGCAGCCUCUCGAAGUAAGAAUUUGAUCCUGCAGUCUGCACAGCGACAUAGACUCCCAAUUUACGCACACCGUGAUUCGUGCUCCCCAUUCACCCUUUCCUGCUGCAGCCAUGGGCAAAUUGUGCCUCUGGCCUUUCUCGGCCGCGAUUAGGCAUGAACGGAGACCAGCAUAAGUGCUUACAUGGUCGGACCUGUAUGAAGUUGGGUGGAAAGGCCCGCAAAAGUGGCUGAUGAAGGUGAUGCCCACGAAAGCGACUUGUCCAUAUUGAGACAAUGUGGGACACCAAGUGUGAGCCACACAUUAGCGGCCUCCAAAAGAAAAGAAACAUGCAGGCUGGAAAGGAGUCAAUGCUAAAAUGAUGGGUAGUCCAUGUCGCUGUGUAGGCUGCGGCAGCAGAUGCCUGCGUCACCCGACUGCUUUGCACUGCAAGUUGCUCAUCUUUAACAGCGACUGUCGCCGCAAACAGGUGGGACACUCUGUCCAAUCUGUUUCUGCUGCUGGUUGUUGCUCGUUAGUAGACCACCACGUGCGACGAAGUCGGGCACUACGCCUGUAGGUAGGCAGCUCAAUGUACCCUAAGAGACCCGUGUAUGUGAAUGCUCACUGUUGCCAUAUGGUUCGUCGCCAAUGUAUGAUGUAUUGUCUGAACCUCAUGCGGUGACUGAUUGCUGUUUAAUUUUGCUGUUAUGUCACUUGAUUAUGGUCGCAGUGUUAUGUUUUUCGAAUAUUGCGGCCUGGUCGGUUGAACUGGGAAGCAGCCUCUCGAAGUAAGAAUUUGAUCCUGCAGUCUGCACAGCGACAUAGACUCCCAAUUUACGCAUACCGUGAUUCGUGCUCCCCAUUCACCCUUUCCUGCUGCAGCCAUGGGCAAAUUGUGCCUCUGGCCUUUCUCGGCCGCGAUGAGGCAUGAACAGAGACCAGCAUAAGUGCUUACAUGGUCGGACCUGUAUGAAGUUGGGUGGAAAGGCCCGCAAAAGUGGCUGAUGAAGGUGAUGCCCACGAAAGCGACUUGUCCAUAUUGAGACAAUGUGGGACACCAAGUGUGAGCCACACAUUAGCGGCCUCCAAAAGAAAGAAACAUGCAGGCUGGAAAGGUGUCAAUGCUAAAAUGAUGGGUAGUCCAUGUCACUGUGUAGGCUGCGGCAGCAGAUGCCUGCGUCACCCGACUGCUUUGCACUGCAAAUUGCUCAUCUUUAACAGCGACUGUCGCCGCAAACAGGUGGGACACUCUGUCCAAUCUGUUUCUGCUGCUGGUUGUUGCUCGUUAGUAGACCACCACGUGCGACGAAGUCGGGCACUACGCCUGUAGGUAGGCAGCUCAAUGUACCCUAAGAGACCCGUGUAUGUGAAUGCUCACUGUUGCCAUAUAGUUCGUCGCCAAUGUAUAACGUAUUGUCUGAACCUCAUGCGGUGACUGAUUGCUGUUUAAUUUUGCUGUUAUGUCACUUGGUUAUGGUCGCAGUGUUAUGUUUUUAGAAUAUUGCGGCCUGGUCGGUUGCACUGGGAAGCAGUCUCUCGAAGUAAGCAUUCGCUCCUGCAGCCUGCACAGCGACAUAGACUCCCAAUUUUCAUGCACCGUGAUUCGUGCUCCCCGUUCGCGCUUUCUUGCUGCAGCAAUGGGCAUAUUGUGCCUCUGGCCUUUCUCGGCCGCGAUUAGGCAUGAACGGAGACCAGCAUACGUGCUUACAUAGUCCGAUGCGUAUGAAGUUGAUAGCUACAUGGGUGGAAAGGCCCGCAAAAGUAGCUGAUGGAGGCGAUGCCCACGAAAGCGACUUGUCCAUAGCGAGACAAUGUGAGACACCAAGUGUGAGCCACACAUUAGCGGCCCCCGAAAGAAAAGAAACGUGCAGGUUGGAAAGGAGUGAACGGCUAAAAUCUGGGGUAGCCCAUGUCGCUGUGUAGGCUGCGGCAGCAGAUGCCUGCGUCUCCCGAUUGCUUCGCAAUGCAAUUUGGGCAUUUUUAACGGCGACUGUCGCUGCAAAUAAGUGGCACACUCUGUCCAAUAUGCUUCCGCUGCUGGUUCUUGCUCGUUAACCUGACCACCACGUGCGACGACGACGGUGAGCCGUUUACGAGCUCGCGUCAAUGAUUCCAGCGUAUCUCGACAUGCAAAUUUUAUUUCUGCUAUUGCACGAGGAUGUACACUGCUUGUCUUCUGCCAAUAAAGUCGCGCGUUCUGUUCACUCACUUGUGGCUUGUUUGUAUGGGCGUCAGUAGAGGCUCUUGGCAAUUAGAACGCACCAGCUAAGCGGCAGCGAAGGCAUUGAGGCAUGCCGCAUAGCCUGCAGGGCAAGCACGGCACGUACCAGCGUACGCGACCGGCAAAAAACGGCCAUAUUGAAUUUUGCGCUAAAAAAAAAAAGUUUGCACUUCCGCUUCCGGAUUGAGCAACGUCAUCUGGCGUCCCCGAAAGUUAGUUCCAUGCGCUGCCGCUGCUUAUUUUCGAACCACUGCCAAAGGUACAGUUCCCCUUCUCUAAAGUUGUUCUUUAUUCUAUGUGCUUGGUGCGCGUUUUGCUUUAUGUGGGAACGACGACGCUCUCGAAGGGGAGCGAAGCAGCAAGAUGGCAGCGAUGGCGACGUCUUCGAGAGAUGCGUACUUCAAGCAUCGGUCGCGAACCCGCACCUCGAACUGGGGCGAUGUGGAGACGUACCAGCUCAUUGAGCUGUGGCAGUCGUUCCGCUACGAUCUGCAGCAGACGAAAAAGCGCCGGCCCAUCUUCGAGCAGAUGAGUCGACUAAUGCACGGGCUGGGCUUCAAGAGAGACGCUAACGAGAUACAGGGGAGAAUUACAAACCUCGCCUAUUUGUACAGGCGUGAAGGCAAGCUUCGACUUGAGAACCCAUUGCGAACCCCUUGGAAGUUCUGGGACAAUGUGCACAAAGUACUUCACGGUGAACCACCACGUCGUACACCUAUUCAGGCACGCCAGAUUUUACCAAGAGGGACGUCCUGCAGUUUCGGCCUUUUCCUCCUGCUUUUUCAUCCAGAGCCUGUGUCCUUACCAAAUACAGAGGCACGGAUGAUACCACCUGACACCACACUGACGGUGGUCAACGUUCCUCUACCUGAUGUUUCCGUUGUCAAAGUAGAAAAACCAAGUGUGCCUGAGAGCACUUCAGCUGGGGAUGGCCGGAAGAGUCCUCCAGAUGAAUCGACUGCAGCCAAUGAAGCCUGGACAGACCAUUCUGCAGCCUCCAUAGUGAAUGGGGAGCAUUCAGAAGAAGAUGAAGAAGGCAGCGACAGCUAUCCCCAUGCAUCCCUGCACUUCCCAUCUGAAUGUCCGUGUGACAUUCUCAAAAUUGUGGCUGAGCAACAGCGGCUCAUGGCACUGCAGAUUCUCAACGAGGAGGAGAUUCGUCAUGAAGAGAGAGUUCGCAUUGUGCUGGAGAUGGAGAACCGGCUGAAGCAGGAGCACAACAAUUUCAAGCUAGCACUCAUUGAUAGACUCAACAAAGGCUUCACUCAGAUCCUAAUGGCACUGAAAUCUUCCACUACAUCUUAGGGGCCCUGGUGGUCGCAUUGUUGGGAGGGGUGCUGCCUUUUUUUUUUAUUGCAGCAUGGGAGACUGGCCUGCUUCAGCAGUGCUUCUUGCCCAGAGCAACUGCCUGGAAGCAGUUUGGCGUUGCAUUAUUAUGCAGUUUUACCGUAUUAUGCAAUUUAUAAGCCUUUAAGCAACUAGUUCUAUUCUAAUACCAUAGAUACUCUAAGCCGGGAGCAGGCUUAUUUCAGUGCUACAGACGCACUUGUUUAUGUCUGCAUCAAAGUGUGAUGUGGUGUUAGCAAGCUUAGGCACAGCUGAAGAUGCAAGACUUGUGUAGGCAUUCAAGAAUUCAGGGCUGGCUUGGCAAGAUCAAACAUGAUUGCUUCAUUUUCAAAACUGUGAUAAAGAAUAUUGUUGGACUCAGCUUUUUUGGCUCAUUUCAGAGCAACAUGAGCUCAGGCAUGACUGUUCACUCCAGGAUUAGGUGUCUGGGACAUGGAAUAUAGAGCAAUCAAACAAAACCAUCUCCCUAGGUGGAAUGUAGAACUGUCUUGUUUGUAUCUCCGAGCCUGCCCAGGUAGCAUUUGGUCAUGCACAUUUCUUAACUGUAUAGGUUAGGCUAGGUUUUACGAAUAGGAUGUGUAGUACAUAAUACUGCUAUUCUUAGGGCCCGAAAAUCUGUGAGAUUCUGUGGCAGUUUUCAUUGCCAUACUUGGUGUCUUGAAAAGCCUUAUUUCUCAUGAGGGAACUCAUGUUGACAAGGGUCAACACAGUAAUGACAUUUGUGGCCCUUUUGUGUAUGUUCCCUCUGUGCUUUAUGCUGCAUGCAGCCUGUGCAUCAGUCCAACUUGAUUCUGUGUCACAUUGCAGACUUGUAUUAGUUCAUUUGUCCUAAGGGAGUGAAGUCACUUUUUUUGUUGUAUGUGCUUGUUGUAUGUACCUUUGCUCUGCAAAAAUUUUUGUAUGUGUAGGCAGCUGAAACUUCAAAAGCGUCAUUAUGCUCACUUUGAGCUUCACAACUUGUUAAGUGUGGUGAGAAGUCCACCACGUAGUACGCUGUGGUUUUUAAUUUUUCUGGGUUUCACUACUGUGGUUGUUGUGCCCCAUAAAAGUGUGGCUUAUGUGUAUUCCAAUUUGAGGUACAGUUGAACUUCAUUAUAAUGAAGUUGCAUCCAAGAUGAAAAUACCUUUUUUAUGUCUGGUAUUCGUUAUAAGCACAUAUUUUUUACGCUAAAGUUGGCAAGAAAAUUUUAAGUUUACUUUACCAUAUUCAAUAUUUUGUUAUAUCCGUGUUAUAUUGAGGUUCAUCUGUACUCAUCAGCGGUCUGUGAAGAUGAGAGUUCACACUUGAACACUGAAAUUUUUUUAGUUUUUUACACUUGAAGCAUUAUGGAUGUGCCAGUUGUUUUAUUAAUUUUGCACAUUGUGCUUGGUGGCUUUUGUAUGUACCAUAGAAAAUGUCAAUCAUGGCUCUGGUUUUUAUAUGGGUGUGUUCUGUGUACUAACUCGAACAAAGCCUCCCGGUUCAUCCGCCCUGAUUCCUCUUUGGUACUGGUUGUUGGUGUAGUUGAUAAUGCUGGUAAGCUUUUAUCCCUGCAAUUCAUAACCUAAGAUUUCGGGCCCUAGUCAUGUAUGGCUUUGUUAAUGCAUACUCUGCCUCUUGUGUUGGAUAUGUGUGGCAACAGCAGUGUAUUUAGCAUAUCAUAUGUGCAGAACUUUCUGUAAUGUCUUUUGGUAUUUGUAUAUGUUUAUUUAUAUUAAUCAGUCAAUGUCUGUUAAUUUGACCAUAGCAGGACAUGCAAAACUUGUUCAAAUAAUCUGAAGUUCAAAUUAUGGGUGGCAUUUAAAACUUUUGUUGAACUAGUGAUCUAUUUAUUUACUAGCAAUGGUUUGAUAUUGUGGUCUCUACCUUGUUAGUUAGUGUUAUAUGACUAAUGUUGGAUGAACACAAUGCGCUGCAAAGCCUGGCUGCUAUUGUAUGUGCAGGGGAAGAACUGCUCUGCAAGAUGUAUUGUUCGUCGGACUUUCAUUUUGUUGAGACUCCUGUACCUCGUUGUCAUCACCACUGAUGCUGUCCGAAGGACCCACUUUCAGCAUAAGGCAGGAAAAAUUUACGCCAUCUUUUUUGGCCGGUGGCUGACACAGGGGUGUGCCAAUGCUGUUUUUGAAAAUGAAAAGAAUGCAAAUCAAAGAGUUAUUGUGCUGAAUCGAACAUGAAUUGACAUAUUUUUAUAUAUUUUUCAAAUAAUUAAUGUUUUGUACUGGGCUUUCAAACCAAGCUUAUCGAAAUUAGCUUAAGAUUCCCAUGUGAGUGGGAAUCUGGCAGUUUGAAUGGCAGAAUUGUGUGGGCUCUUCAGUUUCGGUUUUCUUUUUAGACUAAAUUAUCUCUUGUUGCGAAACAAAGUGCAAGGUUUUCAGAAGGAUAAUCUAAAAACAAGACUGAUUAAAUUACGCCUUUACUGUCCCUUCAAAGCGCAUCUCACAAUGUGAUUACAUUGUUGGCUCUCAGUCUACUACUUGCAAUCAUAGGUUACCUAUCCUAUAAUCAUGUGCUCUUUAAGUAUAGGUAAAAUGUGAUACCCACCAGGGUGCAGGCAAAUAGCAUGGAAAGUACGGAGUGUGAAAUGGUAGGAAAGGUUCAAGUGAUGCUUUGGUUUUUGAUGGCAGUGUUAUUACCAGAAUAAGUAAAGAGUGUUAUUUAAUUAUGAAUGAACGGGGCCUCAUUAGCAUGUAUGAGCCAUAAUCACAGUGAACAGAGCUGCAUGUUCUCCUUAAUCCUUAUGAAUCAGUAAAGCACAGAAGUGGCGUCGGAGAUCUUUCGUGACACCUACUAGUGCGGGACUAUGUCCAGCUGCUAAAUUUAGAUUAAGUGGAGCAUAAAAUUUGGAAAUAUACUUGAGGGUCUUCCUAUUUGUGUUUUCACAAAAGGCAAGCUGUUCAAAAGUAUCAAGGGAAAUUUUUUAACAUUGUGCUUGAGCUAUAGUGAAGAACUGCUCACCAUCACUCAUAUGGAAGGCUGUUCGCCUUCCUACAUUUGCUACUCAGCCCGGGCUGUCGCUGCCCUGCAAUAUUGCUGGAAAAUAGAAACAGAGUUUUCACACACUCACAUAAAAGUUAGGUAUCAAUAAUUUUAACCCCCUUCCUUGACAGCUGUUAUCCAAAAUUGUGACGAAAAAUGGCAAAAUUAUUUUAAGGACCCCAGUUGCCAACGUGUUUUACCUCCUAAAAAAAAAAAGUUUGCUUCUGCUUGCACUGUCCCAUGAAUUGUGUGCUGCCAUCUAGGAAAAGCAUGACUAAGCACUAAGACAAUACUAGGCUUGUGCAUAGCAUUCCUAUAAGUACUGUUGAGAAGUACUGUUGAGAAGCUAGAAGUGCUGCUGACGAUUUUCAACUGCGCGUGUACCGAGUGUCGGCAGUGUCCUUGGCCAUUUUUACCAGAAAUCUGUGGACGAACCCAGUUCGUCCAUGAAAAUGCUGUACUAGCUAUGCAAAUGCUGAUUGCAGGACAUGAUUUAUGCGCUUUGGCAGACACAAUUGUUGUGAAAAAGUAGAGUUGGCAAUUGCAUAUUCAAAGGGCCCCUGAAACUAUUUUUGUCAUUCUUUAUAGAGUACCGCCUGGGCAUACAGAGCAUCUCUCAUGGAAUGCUUUCUCUAAAGAACUUUGUCUGCAAUAUAUUAACAGAGCUACAAGUGGCUAGACAUUACCCUCCUCUCAAGCCGUAGCAUUCCCCCUCAACGUGCAUUUUGUGUGGCCAUCACUAUGUCUUGCCUCUUUGGGAACAAUACUGAGUGGUGAUGUGAGUGUUGCCUAAUUCUAGUUGAUUUGAACUAAGUGUGCUCCCUAAGCAUGUAUGGUGAUGGUCGCCUCAAAAUGAAGUUUACGUGCAGGGAUCAUGUCUUCCACGGCUUGCAGUCGCUGCAGUUUACUCUGUGCACACACUUCAAAUGCAAAAGGGCGAGUGCUGUUUUACAAGCAUCCUUGAGUGUAGUGUUCAUACUAUACAGGUUUCUCCUGCCAGAAGCAGACAUCGCUGCGCUUAUGUUCAUUUUAGAUAACCCCAUACUACAGCGGUUGUAGCCACUGUAGUCUGUUUAGUCAAUGUUGCAUUCAUUCUCACUUCUCAUACCUUGUGCAGCCUCACAAGCCUACAAUAGAGUUCAGCUUUUAGGUGAAACUAUUCUGCUCCUUUUCUCGCUUGCACAAAUGCAUGUGCACAAACAACAGUUGCAGCAGAUAACCCGUGUUCUCAAGCAGAAGUACACCAUUGGUUUAAAGGAAUGUCUACGUUCAUUGCAUUUGUGUUUUUAUUUUUACAGGUGCACAAAAUAUACAUUCGUACUAUUAAAAAGAAGCUUAGUGGAGUGGCAUGCUUGAAGUAUUCCCGAUCACUCCACUCUAUGCAGAAUGGUCAAGGGAGGGUGAAAAUGUGGGAAGUGGUGCUGCUGCAACUGGUAGCAAUGCAGAAGUUUAAAACCUAAUUACGCAGAGCAAUUAUAUUUUCUCCUUGAUGAUCACAAGCGUCCACCCUACCGACUUUAUGUAUUUGUACACAACUGUAAAAAUCAUUUUAGGGUCCCUUUAACAAAAAUCUGUCAAUUAACAUUUUAACUUUUUACAGUACAACUUUUUUUUCUUUAGUACGCCUGUGUUCCAAGACAUUCAUCACCAAAUUUGACACUCAGUAACUUAAUUUUGUAUUAUAUGAUUUCAUAUGGCAUGCCAGUUGAUAAGAUGGGCAGAGCUGAUAACAGCUGCAUGCCUGCUCUCGGCUGGCAAAAAUGAAGAAACGACUGACUUCUUCCUUUUGCCCAGAAUAAGCCAUGUAACACAUGCUCGUUUGUCUUUGUGUCAAGACUCUGCCUCUGAAUGCAAAAUUAGCUUACUCAUUGUCGAGUUUGAUGACGAAUAUGCUGGAACACACAGGCAGUCUAGAAAAACGAAAUGGAAUUAUCUUGAAAUACAGCUGUCUCCAAGUCUAUA